CUUCUCUUCUCCCUUUGCUUCAUUCUAAGCAAUUUCUUUUGCUUUCCUGCCCACAUGUCUGCCACGGCAGAAGCGAAACAACCUUCUCGUCGUCCAAUCACUGUAGUUACUCGAAAGAACCUAACCGCCCAUCCCCGACAAACCCAGCCGUACGACUCCAUUCCGUCUGCCGAGUCAUCGCCGUUACUAUCCCCUCCACCGCCGUACCAGCAAUUUGAGCAAGGAAGUGAAUGCAAUAUAAAUACUCGAGGCGACGACGAAAUCCGAUCGAGAGAUCGUAACAGCAGCCUACUAUUGGCCUCUUCCCGUUUCCAUAACGACGUUACACAUAUUUGCAACGACGGAUUACCAAAUUGUUCAUCAUGUUCAAUAACGUCGCUCACUCCUGGAAUCCUUCCUUCUCCUUUUCCAUCAGCAUCAACACCUAUUCAAACUAUGCGACACGAUAGGGUUGAUCAGGCUAACAACCACCGUCCACGGCGACACUCUUCUGUAAAUCACCAAGACCCAAUAUUGAUCUCAAAGCAUGAGAGUGAUGAUGACUCUGAGGCACUCGAUCGGAUAUCGGAUAUUCUUUCACAUCUUAUUAAGGAGGCUAGUGACGCUGUGAAUGGGAUCGAUCGAGAGCGAAGUAAAAUAACAGCACCGAAGACAAAUGCGGCAAACAAACACACAACGGGUGCUCAAGUAAAGCAACCCGAAACCAUAGAUACCCAAAAAUACACUGUGUCAAAUCAAAAAUCGAAAUUACAACCACACACACACCAUCCCGACCAACCAUACUUUCCACAUCGAAGGAGAUCCAUUAAAUCUAUGCCGCCACACAGUCAUUAUGAACCUUACAUAGAAAUGAAAGAAGAGAAAUCAAGCAACAAUGCCGCCAAGCGUCGUUCCACUGGCUCCAUAGGAAAGUCUCGCUGGUCACGCGGUCCAGCAAAUAAAGAAGCGAUUCAAACAAACCUUGUCGCAGCUCAAAGAGGUAGCCCGUUAUCCAGCUCUUUCAAAAGUGCGCCGAGUAGAUCUAGCCACUCUGUACCAAAUUCUCCAAAAAUCAUGAGAUUGAGCCGAAGAAACAGGUUGUUGAAUGACCCUUUAAUGGAAUCGUACAAGCGCAUAGACGACAGCUUGGCCAUGGUAGAUUCAUUGUCACGCGAUCUAGCAGCAGAUGUAGAUACAACAGAUGAACCUUCGGCACCAAAGGACAUCAAUCGUUCAGUUGCUAGCCAAAACAGUACUGCAUUGGCAAGGCAUAAUCCAAAUGAAAGUUUAUCUCUAGUAAUCUUUUUAUUGGUUCAAGGCAUUCAUUCUGUGCUUGCUUUCCUUUCUGGGAUGCUCUCUCUCAAGACGAGUGGGUUGCACUUGGAGACGUUGGAGUCUGACACAUUUUAUAAUGCCUUAUCUUGGGCAUUCACAUACACUAUGGGAAAUGUCUUGGUCGACCAAUGCAUUGAAAAAGUACCGGCGCGCCCUUCAUAUAGGGUCACUAUUCCUGGGGAAUACCAUUCGAGAUCGCCUUCUCCACCUCUACUUAAUCAAAUGUCUAGUACUCUACUUGCAAAGAACAAGCAAAAAGCAUUCGAUAGGAAUCAAGGCACCAACAAUUCAGCGGCAGGCACUAGUCAUCUUCGUUUGAAGGACGUCGUUCCUUGUGUGUCUCAGUCUUCGUCCAUUUUGGAAAAGGGCGGUAAUAGCAAAAGCUUACAGAGCCAAAAGGGUUGGAAGGACUCCGAAAAUACGAUAGAGAGGCUUGUUGUCCAAAGUCCAACAAGACGUUUUCAUCAUCCCAUCUUGUUCAACCAGGAGUACGAUGACAACGACGACGACGACGACGAAGAAGAAAUAUUGCAGGUUGUGGCAGUGAAGCGGAUACGAAAAACUGGGUCCAUCAGAAAUAAUGGCUUACGCAUCCUGGAACGAAGAAACUCAACUUAAUGCAACACAUCAUUAUAUAUUUGAUUACAUGGUCAAUUCUUGCGAACUAUCCUGUCAUCUAGUUUAAAUAAGCUAUAUUCAUGAUGAUUUCUCUAUCUCAGCUUUGAAUAUACUCGAGUAGCAAGGCAUUUGCAACCAGUGCAUGCAUGGGCAUUCGAACCUAUUAAAUAUACACGAAACAUUUUUCGCUAUCACCCUUUUUCUUUAUAUGUGUACUGGACCAAUGUUUAUAGAAGGAGCCAACUUUCUGUCAAUUAUAUCAAAGUAAUUUGAAUAAACUGCAUCAUCUUUCUAG